AUGCUCAAACAAUCAAAUUUCGAUUCAAGUAAAGCAUCUUCGGAUGAUUCAACUUUUGAUUUACUAGUUAUUGGUGGUGGCGCUGUUGGCUCUGGUGUGGCUCUUGAUGCUGCCACAAGAGGUUUAAAAGUUGCCUUGGUUGAAAGAGAUGAUUUUUCUUCUGGAACUUCUUCUCGUUCUACAAAACUUGUUCACGGUGGUGUUCGAUAUCUCGAGAAAGCCUUCAGAAAACUUGAUUAUGGUCAAUUUAAACUAGUUAGGGAAGCUCUUCACGAACGUGCAACCUUCUUACACAUCGCACCUUACCUAAGUCAACAAUUGCCAAUAAUGUUACCGAUUUACAGGUGGUGGCAAAUUCCAUAUUAUUGGGCUGGUACAAAAGCCUACGAAUUAUUGUCUGGUAAAGAAGCUUUGGAAAGUAGUUAUUUCUUAACUCGUAGUAAAGCUCUCGAAGUUUUUCCAAUGUUAAAAAAAGAUAAAUUAGUAGGUGCUAUAGUUUUUUAUGAUGGUCAACAUAAUGAUGCUCGUAUGAAUGUGGCGGUUGCUUUAACUGCAGCUUAUUAUGGAGCUGCUGUUGCUAAUCAUGUCGAAGUUAUAAAGGUAUUAAAGGAUGAAUCGGGGACUGUGAAUGGCGCUCGUUUAAGAGAUAAUUUGACUGAUGAAGAAUGGGACGUAAAGGCCAAAGGAGUUAUAAGUGCUACUGGUGCAUUUGCAGAUGGUUUACGUUCAUUGGAUGAUCCUAAAACAGAAAAAAUAGUUGCACCCUCUUCUGGUACACAUAUAAUAUUACCAAAUUAUUAUAGUCCUCGAAACAUGGGUUUGCUAGAUCCUCUUACUUCGGACAAUAGAAUUAUUUUCUUAUUACCUUGGGAAGGUAAUGUCAUAGCCGGUACGACCGAUUCUCCUGCAGACGUAACUUUUGAGCCAUUGGCUAAAGAAGAAGAGAUUCAAUGGAUAUUGGAAGAAAUAAAAAGAUAUUUGAGUGCAGAUAUUAAAGUUCGUCGUGGUGAUGUGCUCGCAGCUUGGUCGGGUAUUAGGCCAUUGGUUCGUGAUCCUAACGCGAAAAAUACUUCCGAGUUAGUAAGAAGUCAUAUGAUUAAUGUCAGUGAUUCUAAAUUGAUUACUAUUGCUGGUGGAAAAUGGACUACGUAUCGUGCUAUGGCAGAGGACACUGUUGAUAAAGCUAUUGAAGUUUAUGGUUUGAAUCCUUUGAAUGGUUCACGUACAAAAGAUGUUAAACUUAUUGGUUCACAUGGUUAUUCCAGCACUAUGUUUAUAAAGUUGAUUCAACAAUUUGGUUUAGAAACUGAGGUUGCUCAGCAUUUAUCAAAUAGUUAUGGUGAUCGUGCUUGGGCUGUUGCAGCUUUAUCAGAACCUACUGAAUUUAUGAGAUCACAACAUGCAUCUGAAGAAGCUAUAAAUGUUUUGGGAAGAGAAAAACAUGAACUUCAUAAUGAAGUUGAUAAAAUAAGAGCUGAAUUAAACAUGACGAAAUCAUUAAUGAUAAAGAAUGAACAAAAAAUUAAAGACGGUGAUAAUGGUUUACGAUGUGAAAUGGAUACACUUAGAGAUAUUCUAUCACUCCAUCUAGGUUUAUCCGAUGACAAUAAAUUUGAUCAAUUUGAAUAUGAUUCGGAAUUUAGUGAGAUAAUUGCAAGUUAUAAACAGUUACAAUCUAGCGCACGAAAUUAUUUACAGACUCUUGGAGAUAAUUCUGAUGAAGUAAAUGAAUUAGCUACAAAAGUUAAAAAAGCAAGUCAGCUAUGGCAACAAAAUUUACAGAUUUUGGCUAUAAAAUUAAAAUCUGCACAAAAAUUUGAAAACAGUAAAUUAAAAAAUGAACAAAAGGUGAGAGAAGCCAAAGAAAUUGAUUCAAAUAAAAAAAUCAUAUCAUUAGAAUUUGAAAAUAGUAGAUUGAAGAGCGAGUUAGAAAAUCAAGAGUUGAAAGAAGAAGCCAGAGAAAAUGAAAAUUAUAAAUUAAAGGAGGAAUUGGAAAAACAAAAGUCGAUACAAGAAGAUAAAGAAAUUGAUCUAAAUGAAAAGAUUGUAUCUUUGGAAUCUGAAAAUGGUAUAUUAGAGGAAAAGUUGGAAAAACAAAAGUUGAAUGAAGAAGAUAAAGAAACUGUUUCAAUUGAAAUUGCAUCUUUAGAAGCUGAAAAUAAUAAAUUAAAAGAAGAAUUGGAAAAACAAAAGAUGGAAGAAGAAGCUAAUUCUAAUACUAUUGCAUCUUUAGAAGCUGAAAAUAAUAAAUUAAAAGAAGAAUUGGAAAAACAAAAGAUGGACGAAGAAGCUAAUUCUAAUACUAUCACAUCUUUAGAAGCUGAAAUUAAUAAAUUAAGAGAAGAUUUGGAAAAACAAAAGAUGGAAGGUGAUAAAGAAGUUGAUUUAAAUGAAAAGAUCGCAUCUUUAGAAGCUGACAAUAGUAAAUUAAAGGAAGAAUUGGAAGAACAAAAUAAAUUAAAAGAAGAAUCGGAGAAACAAAAGUUGAAUGAAGAAGCUAAUUCUAAUAUGAUUGUAUCUUUAAAAGCUGAAAAUAACAAACUAAAGGAAGAAUUUGAAAAACAAAUAGUAAAAGAAGAUAAAGAAGUUGAUUCAAAUAAAAUCAUAUCUUUAGAAGCCGAAAACAGUAAAUUAAAAGAAGAAUUGGAAAAACAAAGGAUGGGUGAAGAAGAUAAAGAGACUAGCUUAAAUGAAAAAAUCACAUCUUUGGAAGCUGAAAUUAAUCAAUUAAAGGAAGAAUUGGAAAAACAAAAAUUGAAUGAAGAAACUAAUUCUAAUACAAUUGUACCUUUAGAGUCUGAAAUUAAUCGAUUAAAGGAAGAAUUGGAAAAACAAAAGUUGAAUGAAGAAGCUAAUUCUAAUAAAAUCACAGCUUUAGAAACUGAAAAUAGUAAAUUAAAAGAAGAAUUGGAAAAGCAAAUGAUGGGUGAAGAAGAUAAAGAAACUGGUUUAAAUAAAAAAAUCACAUCUUUGGAAACUGAAAUUAAUGAAUUAAAGGAAGAAUUGGAAAAACAAAAGUUGAACGAAGAAGCUAAUUCUAAUAAAAUUGCAUCUUUAGAAGCUGAAAAUAGUAAAUUAAAAGAAGAAUUGGAAAAACAAAGGAUGGGCGAAGAAGACAAAGAAACUGGUUUAAAAAAAAAAAUCACAUCUUUGGAAGCUGAAAUUCAUAAAUUAAAGGAAGAAUCGGAAAAACAAAAGGUGACGGAAUCAGAAAAACAAAGGGUGAUAGAAGAUAAAGAAUUCAAUCUAAAUGAAAAGAUUGUAUCUUUGGAGGAUGAAAAUCAUAAAUUAAAGGAAGAAUCGAAAAAACAAAGGGCGGUAGAGGAAGCCAACUCUAAUAAAAUAAUAUCUUUAGAAUCUGAAAAUAAUAAUCUAAAAGAAGAAUCGGAAAAACAAAAGGCAAAGGAAAAAGACAAAGAAAUUGGUUUAAAUGAAAAAAUCACAUCUUUGGAAUUGGAAAAACAAAAGGCAAACGAAAAAGAGAUUGAUUUAAAUGAAACAAUCAAAUCUUUAAAGGAAGAAUUGAAAAUUCAAAAGGAGAUAUCUGAGAAAGAAAUUAAAAAUUUACAAAUUGAAACUAAGAAAAAUUUAGAUAUUAAAGAUAAAUCUAAUGAUACAAGCACCAAUAUAGAGAGUGUUGCUGAAACUGAUAAUGACAAAAGUGUCAAAGAAAAAUUAGCCGAGGCAGAAGCUCAUAUAUCAAGUAGUGAAAAAGAAAAAACAGAUUUACGUGAUAAUAUCAAUAGAUUAAAUGAAAAAUUGAAAGAAGAACGUGAAGGUCAUGAAAAACUAGUCAUGAGUUGGGUUGAAGAGCAAAAAAAUAAUAAAAAUAACAAUUAUUAA